UACUAUAUCGUAAACAUGGCGCGGAAUCAAAACAUCAUGUGUGUAGUAUUUAUUUGCAUUUUUCAUGUAAAUCCUUUAUCGGGAAAGAUUUUCAGUCGAUCUUUAAGUGAAUUUAGGCUUUUCCAACAGCCAAGUGUUUUAUUUAAUAACGACAACAUGAAUUUACGGACGAAAAGGAGCAGUAACUCAAGUGAGAAUUCUACUACGGACCAUGCGGAUGUCUUUCAUUCACAAAAAAAUAAUUUGUCCACAACCUCGUUCGCUUUGCACGGGGAAAUUGAUAAUGAGGCCUUCGUACACUGGAGUGGGGAAAACAAUGAUACUGUUUUUGUUCUAACCAGAAGUCACAGGCACGGUGCUGUACAUUCCAGUACACUAUGGAGGUAUGGUCCAUUGACUAUGGAGAAUCCUACAGUAAGAUAAAUUUACCACAACUGUUUACAGUCAGUUACAUGUAUUCAUCACUUGCAGACAAAUCAAAGAUAAUUCUGUCAGAUUUAAUUCAGAGACAAUUAUACAUAACAGAGGACACUGGGCAGACAUGGAAGCACGUGAAACUGAACUUCUCUCCUUACAGGAUACUUCUGCACCCGUCCAUAGCAAAUUUUAUUCUGGCUUAUAGUUUAAGAGAAAUGAAGUUAUAUGUGUCCAAAGAUUUUGGUGCUACAUGGAAGUUGAUGAUGGAGCGUGUGACGGAGAGGUUCUUCUGGGCGGUGGACGGCGUGGACCAUAAUCCUAACAUUGUUCAUAUGGAAUUACAGGACCCCAUGGGACCGGUCACUUACUUUGCUUGUAUAGCCCCAAAUUGCGAUAAAGCUGAAUAUGACAAAACGUUGGGAACUAUAGAUUUCUACUCACUAGUUGUGGAGAAUGAAUACAUCUUUGUACAGAAGUCGACAGACGACCUGACGUCCUUUUUUGUGUCUUAUAAGAGGGGACCGUUCAAGAGAGCAUACUUUCCAUCAAAUUUAACACCACUGGAUUUCAAUAUAGUGGACACAAGUGACCAUCAAGUGUUUAUAGCAGUUGACCAUGAGGAGGAUAUAGCCAAUCUUUACUUGUCAGACGUCACUGGACAGUUCUACGUAAUGUCUGUAGAAAAUGUGGUCGGUCUUCGAUAUCCAGGAAAAUUUGAUGUAGAUCUAGUGAAGGUUAAGGGUCUAAAUGGUAUAUAUAUAAUAAACAAGUUCGAGACAUCUCGUGUUGAUGGGGGCGUGUUUUCUCAGCGUACCUAUAUAACAUUCAACAAGGGAGGGAUGUGGAAACUGCUCAGUGCACCUGAAGAAUCGAAACAGAACUGCAUGGAUACAGAGAAAUGUAACUUACAUCUUCAUAUAGGAAACACAAAUCAGUUUUUCCGGAUCCCUAUGGCUGUAUGUACAGAGGAAGCGCCAGGCUUGAUCCUUGCCCACGGUAGCGUCGGAGAGUUUCUAGACAUGGAUUCACAUGUUUUUAUCAGCCGUGAUGCAGGAUUCACAUGGAAAGCAGCACCAUUCAAAGGGAAUCAUUUUCUCAAUAUAAUGGAUCAGGGGAGUGCAAUAUCAGCUGUAGCAGCUCACGGUUUACCAACUAAUCAAGUUCAUUUUUCAUGCACUGAGGGAGCUUCAUGGGUAACACAUAACAUUACAAGCUCGGAGAUGAAUGUGGAUGGUGUAGUCAAUGAACCCGGAAUAAAAACUUUAAUAUCAAGUGUAUUUGGUCAUAUGAACUCGAGUAAUGGCUGGGUUAUGGUGAAGAUGGAUUUUGGAUCUGUGCUGGAUCGUAAGUGUGGCUUCGAUGAUUUUGAACUGUGGCAGCCAUCAGCUGAUCUUGUGGAAAACAAUGUGAGAUGCAUUAUGGGAGAAAACGUUGUAUAUGAGCGACGAAAACAGUUAUCAGAAUGCUAUUAUGGGGCUGAUUAUUUUCGACCAAAAAGUGCCCAGAUCUGUUCAUGCGAAAGAGAAGAUUUCGAAUGUGAUUUUGGAUAUGAUGUUGGAACUGAUGGUACUACAUGUAUAAAAUCAGCCUGGUUUAAAGAAGAUCAGUUUCCUGGACCUCACUGUAUAAAUGGGAAAUAUAAUCAUUCAAAAGGGUAUAGAAAGGUUGCAGCAAGUAAAUGUAACGGAGGAAAGGAAAGUAAAUAUUUACCUGUAGAAACAGACUGUCCUUUGUUGGCACCCAGGGGCAUUACCAUAUACAGUGAAAAGAAAUGUAUACAGCGAGGUGUAAAUGUCACAUUUCGACUUACCCAAGAGUCUGGAUCUGCAGAUGAGACUGUUUACACCUGGACUUUUGGUAACGAGAGCUCUCCAGUUACUAUAAAAGGACUACAUAAUGCCGCAUCUAUUACAACAUCCUUCAGUACUAUAGGGAAAUACAAUAUCACUGUCCUGGCUGUAAACAGUAAAGGGACAGCCCAGGCUGUUCUACCUAUACAUGUUGAAGAGGGUUUGAAAGGAGUGCUGGUUGAGAUACCAUGGGGAGCACGGACAGGCAUGCCCAGUUAUUUUAAUGUUACAGUCCUUGGCUCAGAUAAUAUCACAAAACUUGGAAAAGAGCAAUCCCUUCACUUUGCAUGGCACUUCGAAAACAAGAUGACAGGAGAUAUUAGGCAGCUUACAUGGCAGAAUGUUAUACAACAAGAGUUCAAUGAACCUGGAGAAUACAAACUUACACUAAAUGUAUUCAACUCUGUCAGCUCUGUAUUCUAUACACAGUCUGUGGAGGUGUAUGAUGACAUGACAACUGUGCGUUUACAUUUUUCGGAAGAGAUAAACAACUAUAACAGUAGUAGCCUCAAUGUAAGACAAGCACUUGCGGAAAUACUUUGCCAUAAUCUAGCACAGAUUUUGGAGAUAAGAAGAUCACGUAUAAUUAUGUCUGUGCCACCGACACAGCCUGUUGUUGGAGAUUUGACAGUGCUUCCACCAAAAAGGGACAUCAAUGAAACAGAAACUUAUCAGGUUGUAGAAAUGCUGAUAGAUCAAGCAAAGCAACAAUACCUGGCAUUCCCAUUGUUCACUAGUGAUGAUAUUGUUAUAAUAACAGAUGCCGGAAUACUCGACUUGCGGACUGGAGCAGAAUCAUCCACCAUACCACCACCCCCUGCAACAGUCACAGUGAUGGUACCAGUCCAUGUAAAUGUAACCACAGUGCAAGAAAAACACAGUCUGGUUGCAGUGUAUAUAUCAGUGCCAGUCCUUAUUUCUGUUAUAGGUUUAGCAGUAGCAAUUAUAUUUUAUUAUAGAAAAAAAUUAAAGUCACACAAGAAGUAUUACCCAAUUGUGAAACACAGGUCACGUAUUCACCACGACUCGACGUGUUCAUGUGGGGAGGAGGAUAUAUUGGGUCUGGAAGAUCCAGACGACAGUAUAAUACCCGACAGUGAAUAUCCUGAUAACCAGCCAACACUGAUGAUACUAAAUGAGCCUCGGUCCAGUCGGACUGAGAGAUCCCCCGAUAGAGUCGGACUUGUAAAUUGUUGACGAAAACUCUAGCCUAGGACUAGUGACACUGUGUACAUAUGUAUAUUUCUGAAUUCUGUCCUUUUUUUGUCAAUACAAGUCUGUACUGUAGUUAUACCCUAUUCUGUCAAGGUUUGUGACGUGGUAGAUGUGUCUAUUUUUGUGCAAUAAUGAGAACUUUUCUUUUUCACUUUUUUUGAACAUUUUUUGUCAAAAGAUAUUUGCUAAAAAGUUUACAAAAUUACCCAAAAUUAAGGUUUCUGAUUGUGUAUUUUCAUCAGUUUUUUAAGAUUUUUUUUUCUAGAAGUACCAAAUGUGUGUGUAUUAUACUCGUAUAAAAAAAGGUGAAUUAGAAUAAGAAAAUAUAAAUGGGCGUUAAAUCUUUAUUUAGCCAUAAUUAUAUCAUAAUCUUAUUUCAUAUCUUAUUUAAGCAAGUGCUAAGACGGAUACACCAUAUAUUGUGUAGAUUUGUUCUUUUAAUUAAGUACGGUUUUCUUUCAAAGUUGGCUUUAAACAUAUAAAAGAGCCACACCAUGAGAAAACCAACAUAGUGCGUUUGCGACCAGCAUGGAUCCAGCCCAGCCUGCGCAUCUGCGCAGUCUGGUCAGGAUCCAUGCAGUUCGCUUUCAAAGCCUAUUGCAAUUAGAGAAACUGUUAGCGAACAGCGUGGAUCUUGACCAGACUGCGCGGAUGCGCAGGCUGGUCUGGAUGCUGGUCGCAAAUGCACUAUGUUGGUUUUCUCAUGGUGCGGCUCAUAUAAAUAUUCUUACUUGCCUUCAAUUUCACUUUUAUUAAUUCUUAACUGUAACUUUGAAGGUAAGAGACUAUAUUUUUCUACUGUGAAGCUGUUUGCAACAUCAAAUAUUCUGUUAACUUUGUUGAAACAUGAAUGAAGAAAGUUAAGGUGUUUUACUACAAAAAAAAAAUUGGGCACCAGGAAUUUCAAUUUAGAGAAAUAUCACAGUGCUGAUAUACCAUUGAGGAUCAAAAUUUUAAUCAUAUUUCUGGUAUAGAGGACAAAUGUGGCUGGACAGUCUUUCCCAGUUAUUUUUAUUAAUUUUAAUAUAUUAUAUGUUAAAAGAAAUUUGCUUAAUGCUUGUUUUAUUUUGUAUAUAUAUAAAUACAUUAUGCAUGCAGGUUUUAUUUAGGAUUUAUUCAGAGAAGAAAUGUCUGUUUUUAUGAAGCAGGUUUGAGUCAUACUUGUACUUCGGUAUCUAGAUGUGUGUACAUCAGCCCAUGAUGUCAACCAUUUCGAGUGUUUUGCAGUGUAAAUAGGUUAACCUUUAUCAUGCUGAACACGACUGAUUCUGCAUUUGCUGCCAGUGUAGAUCAUGAUCAGCCUGCACAUCCAUGCAGUCUGAUCAAGAUCUGCACUGUUCACCAUUCAGUCAGAAUCUUUUUGGUAAGCACCCCUUUUAACUGUUAAUGGUACUGUCCGAAUUGAAAGAUGGACAAGUUCAUUAUAGAAAUUAUGCAUGGUAAGGGAUAAAAAUCCAAGUUAUGCAGUGGUCUUUUAUGGUUUUUUUUCCUGCCGUGGCAAGUUUAGUCUGUAGAUAUAUAGAAUAAGAAAUCGUUAAAUACAAAAUACAGUUCUAGCAUUGUUAUCAGAUGGUGUUUUAACACAAGAGUAACCAUAAUAAGAGAGAUUUUCUGCGAUUAACACCUCUUUAGAUACAGCAAAGUCUAAAUUUUUAGCUCACAUGUCACUUUGUGACAAAGUGAGAUUUUGUGAUCGCGCAGCGUCCGUCGUCCGUCCGUGCGUCCGUUCGUAAACUUUUGCUUGUGACCACUCUAGAGGUCACAUUUUUCAUGGGAUCUUUAUGAAAGUUGGUCUGAAUGUUCAUCUUGAUGAUAUCUAGAUCAAGUUCGAAACUGGGUCACGUGCAAUCCAAAACUAGGUCAGUAGGUCUAAAAAUAGAAAAACCUUGUGACCUCUCUAGAGGCCAUACUUUUCAAUGGAUCUUCAUGAAAAUUUUUCAGAAUGUUUAUCUUGAUGAUAUCUAGAUAAAGUUUGAAACUGGGUCAUGUGCCUUCAAAAACUAGGUCAGUAGGUCAAAUAAUAAAAAAAACCUUGUGACCUCUCUAGAGGCCAUAUUUUUCAUGGGACCUGUAUGAAGAUUAGUCUGAUUGUUCAUCUUGAUGAUGUCUAGGUCAAGUUUGAAACUGAGUCACGUGCGGUCAAAAACUAGGUCAGUAGGUCUAAAAAUAGAGAAACAUUGUGACCUCUCUAGAGGCCAUACUUUUCAAUGGAUUUUCAUGAAAAUUGGUCAGAAUGUUCACCUUGAUGGUAUCUAGGUCAAGUUUGAAACUGGGUCACAUGCCGUCAAAAACUAGGUCAGUAGGUCAAAUAAUAAAAAAAACCUUGUGACCUCUGUAGAGGCCAUAUUUUAUGGGAUCUGUAUGAAAGUUGAUCUGAAUGUUCAUCUUGAUGAUAUCUAGGUCAGUUUCGAAACUGGGUCAACUGCGGUCCAAAACUAGGUCAGUAGGUCUAAAAAUAGAAAAACCUUGUGACCUCUCUAGAAGCCAUACUUGUGAAUGGAUCUUCAUGAAAAUUGGUCAGAAUGUUCACCUUGAUGAUAUCUAGGUCAAACUUAAAACUGGGUCACAUGCCAUCAAUAACUAGGUCAGUAGGUCAAAUAAUAGAAAAACCUUGUGACCUCUCUAGCGGCCAUAUUUUUGAUGGGAUCUGUAUGAAAGUUGGUCUAAAUGUUCAUCUUGAUGAUAUCUAGAUAAAGUUUGAAACUGGGUUAUUAACUGUGAUCAAAAACUAGGUCAGUAGGUCUAAAAAUAGAAAAACCUUGUGACCUCUCUAGAGGCCAUACUUUUCAAUGGAUCUUCAUGAAAAUUAGAAUGUUCACCGGGAUGAUAUCUAGGUCAGGUUCGAAACUGGGUCACGUGUCGUCAGUAACUAGGUCAGUAGGUCAAAUUAUAAAAAACCUUGUGACCUCUCUAGAGGCCAUAUUUUUCAAUGGAUCUUCAUGAAAAUUGGUCAGAAUUUUUGUCUUGAUGAUAUCUUGGUCAAGCUCAAAAACUAGGUCACUGUGUCAGAUAAUAGAAAAAACGAUGUCAUACUCAGUUCAAAACUGGGUCAUGUUGGAACAGAUGAGCGAUUCAGGACCAUCAUGGUCCUCUUGUUUACUGCCCCAAAAAGAAUAAUUUAAAAUGAUAUGACAUCAACAUCAUCAAACAACGCUGACAUUCCCGCACAUUUUAAUAAUGUUGAUGUAAAAUAUAUUGUUAUAUCCUUUUUUUCAUAUUUAAUGCUCGAUUGGCAUUAAUGCUUGUUUAAUGUUUGUUUCAUGUCAUAACAUCUUCAGAAUCGUUCAGGGUAGGUUGGUACUAUAGUCUUGCCAGGCUCGAUACCAGCCAAUUCCUUAGGAUUCUGCUGAUGUUAUAACAUGAGAAGUGUGUCAUUCCUACAUUCAAAUGUUAUUUAUGUUAUUUUCUGACAAAGAUCCAUAUUAUGUUAGGUGAUAUCAAUUAUUCUUUUUAAUAUAUUUUAGCUUAAGCCUGUUUUAGGUCCCCUGCCUUUUUCGAAGAAAAAAAGGGGGACAUAGAAAUAGGCUGCGUCCGUCCGUCCUUCCGUCCGUCACACUUUGUGUCCGGUCCAUAACUCUGCUAUCCAUGAAGGGAUUUUGAAAUAACUUGGCAUAAAUGUUUACCAUAAUGAGACGACGUGUCCUGCGCAAGACCCAGACCCCUAGCUCCAAGGUCAAGGUCUCACUUACACAUCAAAGGUUAACAGGGUCUGUUUCGUGUCUGGUUCAUAACUCUGCCAUUGAUCAAGGGAUUUAGAAAUUACUCGGUACAAAUGUUCCCCAUAAUGAGACGACAUGACUUGCAAAAUGAUCCAGACCCCUAGCUCUAAGGUCAAGGUCACACUUAGAGGUCAAAGGUCAUAUACAAGAAUUACUUUUUCCGGAGCAUGUCUUCUUCAUGUAUAUUGGUAUUUUGAUGUAACUUGGCACAAUUGUUCACCAUCAUGAGAUGGAGUGUCAUGCACAAGAACCAGGUCCCUAAUUUAGAAUUACUUCUCUUUGUUGUUACUAUAAAUAGCUUAUAUUCAUUAUUGUAACUUUUUUAUUACUGGCCGUAGGGAAAAAUCGAGACCACUUAAUUCUCAGUAGUACAGCAUGCAUGUAACAUCCAAUUUUUAGGUGUAUUUUGACCUUUCGCUACCUGGUAAUGAUUAUUGUGUGGACUUAGAUUUUUUUUUUAACCUAUACUGUGUUGGUGCGCAGUAAAACCCAAAUAAAUAAGUAAAUAAAUAGAUUUUUUUUUCUCAAGAUUAUCUUCCCUUUGUUGUGACUUUAAAUAACUUAUAUUGUAACUUUUUUAUAAUUGACCGUAGGGAAAAAUCAAGACCACUUUUCUGUGGUGUAUUUUUUUUUACAUAGAUGUUGCUUUCAAAUUUUAGAUGUAUUUUAAAGUAUCUCUUCCUGGUAAGGAGUUUUUUUUGUGGUCUUAGAAAAACAAAACUUACUUCCCUUUGUUGCUACUAUAAAUAGCUUAUUCUUGAAACUUUUUAACCUGGUUGUUAGAAUUGGAUAUGUCAUUGUUUUGGCUUACUGUCUACCAAACUUAUACAGAAUAUGUUUUACUGUAACAUCUACAUGACGGGCAUAAUAUUGUGACAUGCUUGCACUCUUGUUAUUUUUGCUCAUGCCAAGAUACUGUAUUGGCAUGCAGUAUGUUUUGUGAAAAUUGUCCUUAGGUGGGGGACGUUGGUAACUCUGUUACAAAUUCUUGUUUCAUAUUGAAAGCACCAUAUUUUUGUCGCUAAAUAGUAUACAUGUAAAUACUGCCAAAAAUGUGUUAUUUUUACUAUGAAUUCUUUAUCAAGUUGUAUAUAAUAUGCGACUCAUUGUCUAUGUGCUGAUGAUGUAUAAAGUGUAUAUAGUAUAUUAAGUAUUGCUAUGACUUGCAUGAAAGGGUACAUUAAUGCUGCAAAAAUGCUUUGAAAUUUUAUGCAUAUGUAGAUGCAAGAGAUCUGUGAAAAUGUUUCUGGACUAAUAGUCAUACAUUGUGCUGUUUAUACCCUGGAAUCUCUUUGGUAAAUUUAGCCAAUAUUGAUAGGUAUUUCUUGAUUCGCAAUGAGAUGUUUUCUUGAGUUUUUUGUUGUUGUUGUUGUUUCUUUACCUGU